UCUGUCUGUCCCUGCUUGGGAUGAUAGAGUAGUUGGCUGUGGACCUCUGCCUCCUUGUCCUCUUCUCUCCUCCUCCGUUAUGACUACCAAGAGACCGGUCAUCCCCAGCAUCGUGUGUGGACACCAGCCAGAAGAGAUUUGCCCCCACCUCCUACCUAUAAGACCCCCCAGGUCUCUUUGCCAGCUAUUGCUGCCACUCAGGAACUAGGGUACACUGCAUGGGAGUUUUUGCACCUCUCCUUCACAGUACGACGCAGGAGCUCUACCGUAAAAAAAAAGAAGGUUUUUUCUUCUCACUUUUCAUUCUUUCUUUUUCUGUUUGAGGCUUCUCUGCAGUUGUGGUAGGACUAGGAAGGUCACGCUCAAACUCUCCUUUCUCCACCGUCUUUCUCUUUCACUCUCCCUCUAUCUCUUGAAGGUUGUUCAUGGCGCACAGGGACAUUACUGACGGGUCUGAGUCAUUUUGCAUCACCACUUCCCCUGUCUGAGAGGAUGAAGGAGUAGGAACAUUGGAGAAGAUGAUUAUUUGGGCUGGCCUGCUUCCCCUGUUCUCAACGGUUGCCAGUCAAUGCCACAUGGAGUCUCAUCUCAACAGGAAAAGUAGUGGAAGGAUAAGUUUUGUUCACCACAACAUUUGAGUUCCAGUGCUGUCUUUACUGUGGAGUCGGACUGGACUCCUGUGGGAUUACUAGGGUUCGUGUCUAUGUGGAAGUAGCUGUGGAGUACCUGGCUCUGUGCAAUCAUGGGCAAUGCGGCUGGGAGUAUGGAGUUUCCAAUGGGGAAGGAGGGGAAGACAGUGUCGGCCCCCCCAGGCUCAGGGACCCCCCAGAAACAGGCGGCGGGGCCCAAGCUUCCCAUGCCUGCCGAGGAGGAGUUAGAGGAGCGCUUCAAUGUGGUGCUGAACUCCAUGAAUCUGCCUCCAGACAAGGUGAAGAUCCUGUGUCAGUAUGACAAUGAGAAGAAGUGGGAACUGGUCUGUGAUCAGGAACGGUUCCAAGUGAAGAAUCCACCCUCUGCUUACUUGCUGAAGCUCAGAAGUUAUCUUGACCAGGGAGGGGUUAGUCGUAAGUUCAAGAGGCGUGUCCAGGAGUCCACACAGGUCUUGAGAGAGCUGGAAAUUUCCCUGAGGACCAAUCAUAUCGGCUGGGCUCAGGAGUUCCUCAGUGAGGAGAACCGUGGCCUGGAUGUCCUGGUUGACUAUGUGUCCUUCGCCCAAUGUGCCGUCAACUAUGACAUGGACAGUUUGGACAACGGGACAGCCACACCGGACAAAUCUGUGGAGGACUUCACGAGGAGUGCCGGUAACUCUCCAAUCCAUGGUGCUUCUAAAGUGGCUCGUUCCUUUACUGUGAGGGCAAAACCAUCAGACAUUCCACCUAUCAACAGAUAUCUGGGAGGAUCCAUUUUGGGGCACUGCCUGCCUGUCAUUGAUGCUUCCAAGAGGAGUGUAUUCAACCCUCUCCACAACAGGAAAGCGAUGAGGAACUCACGCCUCGUCAGUCAGAAAGACGACGUUCACCUCUGCAUCAUGUGUCUACGUGCCAUCAUGAACUACCAGUCUGGGUUUAACCUGGUGAUGACCCACCCGUGUUGUGUGAACGAGAUCACCCUCAGCCUCAACAACAGGAACCCCAGGACCAAAGCUUUAGUGCUGGAGCUGUUGGCUGCUGUAUGUCUAGUGAGGGGCGGUCAUGACAUCAUCCUCUCCGCUUUUGACAACUUCAAAGAGGUAUGUGGAGAGAGGAGCCGCUUCGAGAAGCUGAUGGAGUAUUUCUGCAAUGAAGACAGCAACAUUGACUUCAUGGUGGCGUGCAUGCAGUUCAUCAACAUCGUGGUCCACUCAGUAGAGAACAUGAACUUCAGGGUCCAUCUGCAGUAUGAGUUUAGCCACCAUGGCCUGGAUGACUAUCUGGAGAGGUUAAAGUUCACAGAGAGUGACAGGCUGCUGGUGCAGAUUCAGGCCUACCUGGAUAACGUGUUUGAUGUGGGGGCUCUGCUGGAGGAUGCAGAGACCAAGAACGCCCUGUUGGAACACAUGGAGGAGCUGCAGGACCACAAUGCACAGAUAAGCAGCAGAUUGCAAGAGAGUGAGAGGGAGGCGUUGGAGACAGUGUCAGAGUUGGAGAAACAUCUCAUCCAGACCACCAAAGAGGUGGAGCUCCUAAAGGAGAGUCUGCGUGAGUCCUGUGCCCAGGUGACCAUUCUACAACAGAGGGAGAUCGAGAGAGAGAUAGAACGAGAGACGGAAAGAGAGAGGGAUAGAGAUCGUUCGGCCCAUGCCUUGGCGGAGCUGGAGGAGAAAGUUCAGGGGCUUGUGGACCAGGGGCUGAUUCAAAUGGAGCGCUCGUCCUCGGGACACCUGGACCUCCAUGUGGUCCCUAUCAUCCUUCCUGUUUCCAUCCAUGCUGAAACAGAACAAAUCACGACUGUUGAUGGUCCUGUGGCCCCUCCCACAUCUGUAGUUCCGCCCCCACCCCCUGCUCCUCCAUUACCUGGUGCAACAGAGGUCACGGCACAAGCUCCUCCUCCCCCUCCUCCUCCACCUCCUCCUCCUCCUCCUCCCCCUCCAUGCUCGACGGCACCACCUCCUCUGCCCCCCCCUCUUCCAGGGGGUGGUAUAGCCCCACCACCUCCAAGCGUUGGAAUGCCCCCACCAUUUGGGGGUAUGCCUGACGGACACACUGGUAACAGAAACAAGAAGUCCAUUCAGACUAAGUACCGUAUGCCUUCAUUCAACUGGCAGGCCCUCAAACCCAACCAGGUGGCUGGAACCAUCUUCAAUGAGCUGGAUGAUGAGAACGUGUUGGGGGAGUUGAACAUGGAUGCCUUUGAGGAGCAGUUUAAGACCAAGGCCCAGACAGCCCCGGCUGACGUGGGGACUCUGAGAGCGAAGGUGGCCCAGAAGGCCCCCAGCAAAGUGUCCCUACUGGAGCCCAACAGAGCCAAGAACCUGGCCAUCACCCUGCGCAAGGGAGGCAUGGCGACCUCAGACAUCUGCACAGCUAUAGAGACGUAUAACCAGGAAGUUCUGAGCCUGGACUUCCUGGAGCUGCUGGAGCGUUUCAUCCCCUCAGAGUACGAAGUCAAGCUCAUCCAGAACUACGAGCGAGAUGGGAGGCCCCUGGACGAGCUCCCCGAGGAGGACCGCUUCAUGGUGUGCUUUGGCAAGAUCCCACGGCUGACCCAGCGCAUCAGAACACUAACCUUCAUGGGCAACUUCCCCGAAAGCAUCCAGCUCAUCCAGCCGCAACUCAACGCAAUCAUCGCUGCCUCAAUGUCAAUCAAGUCCUCUAGCAAGCUGAAGAAGAUCCUUGAGAUCAUCCUAGCCUUUGGAAACUACAUGAACAGCAGCAAUAGAGGAGCGGCCUAUGGGUUCCGCCUGCAGAGUCUCGACUUGCUCUUAGACACUAAGUCCACAGACCGGAGACAGACUCUGCUGCACUUCAUAGUGAGCAUCAUCCAGGAGAAAUACCCUGAGCUCCAAGCCUUCCACAGCGAGCUGCACUUCAUGGACAAAGCUGCUGUGGUGUCCCUGGAUAGCAUUCUGCAGGACGUGCGUGCCCUGGAGAGGGCCAUGGAGGUGACCCGGAAGGAGUUUGCCAUACAGGAAGACAACCCUGUGCUGCAGGAGUUCCUCACCAGCAACAAUGACCUGCUGGACUCUGUAGUAGAAGAUGGCAAGACUGCCAAGGAUGUGUAUGAAUCAGUAGUGGAGUACUUUGGAGAGUACCCUAAAACCACACCUCCCUCCAUGUUCUUCCCCAUCUUCGUGAGGUUCAUCAAGGCCUAUAAGCAAGCAGAGCAGGAGAAUGAGCAGAGGAAAAAGCAGGAUGUGUUGUCCAGCGAAGGGAGGACAGGGCCACCGCCGACAUCAGCUAAGCCUGAAAUACCACAGAAGCAGGUACCUAUGAUGCCCAAGCUGCCCCAGAUGGACCUGAUAGCGGAGCUGAAGAGGCGGCAGGUGACCCCCCUGGUCCGGGAGGGCAAGGAUGGAGCCAUCGAGGACAUCAUCACAGACCUGAGGAACCAGCCGUACAGACGGACAGACGGGUCCCGAGUCAGCGCCAAGUGGAAGCCCGGGCAAAAGCUCCUAGUCUCUUCCGAUAUUUCCCUGUGAGACACUACACACGCACGCACACACACACACGCUCCAUUCAAAUAAUCACUCUCAUUUAAUGGAUAUAGAGUGCACACAAACUUGAAAUAUCUCCCCUAGACUUAACUCAGCAUGGCAGGUGAUUGGUUCUAGCUGUUGGUCAGCCCACAGCAAACCUCACGGUUGACUGCCUGCUCUCUAAGUAGAGCUUUAGGUAUAUUAGACUGUGAGGUGCUGUUUCCUAAUAUUUCUCUGAUCCCCAACAAACACCUACAGUAAAUACACUCUAUUUCACUGUAAACACUUCCUAUUUCUACAUACUGCUAAAGGAUUAAGGGCUUGGCCGUGGAUGGACUUUACAGUUCAACGGCAUGAUUUAAAUGAGAAUCACCAUCAUUCUCUACAAUCUUCUUUAGAGCUUUUGGACACGUAUAUGGCAGGUUGAACACUGGGACUGUGUACAUAACAAUCAGUGAAAGCUAGACAAGACCCAACAUUUGUAUGUCAUAUUAAUAGCUUAUUCUAUUUGGGGUACUCAGACGGCUGCAAACUGUCAAUCCCAAUAACUGCCGUAUCUGGUGUAAAAGCAUGAUGACCUGUCUGUCUGUCUAUCUGCCCUAGGACUAGUAGGAAUACAGCUCAGGACGGAGCUUAGAACAAGAUUUGUACUGUAUUAAAAUUAUUUUUAAUAUAAAGGUGUAUGGAUAACCCUUUCUUUGUUUCACUAUUUUGGGUGUGAACUAAUAAAUAUUUUAUACUGUGA